AAUAAUCUCUCUCUGAAAAGGACAUGAACCUAUCUUAAUUUAGGAAAGAGAGAGAGAGAAGAAACUUACCUAAGUGCAACCCCAAGGCAUCUUCGGUCCGUGCCUCUGAUGGCUUCCUCUGCCAUCUUCAUCUCUUUCUUCCUCGGCCUCUCUCUCCAUGUAUCCGCUAAGAACCCCGACCAUAUAUGUCCGGUAAGAGUUUGCAAUCCUCUCGGACCCGAGAUCCGCUUCCCUUUCCGAGCAAGCGACUUCCAUCAUGAGCGAUGUGGCUAUCCGGGCUUUGAUCUCUCGUGCAACAUCCGAGGCCAAGCGAUCCUCCAAUUGCCCGGCUCGCAAGACUUCGUCGUCGACCUCAUCGAUUACGAGAAUCAAUAUGUCAUGCUCAAGGAUCCGAGCAACUGCCUGGCGAAGCGGCUUCGAAGCUUGACACUUUCAGGAUCGGUUUUCGUGGCGCAAGAGUAUGGGUACUUCACGUUUGCGAAUUGCUCGGGUAAUUUAUCGGUUUUCGGGAACGAACGGGUGGGCUGCCUUAGCGAUGGACGCCGCACGGUAGUGGUUGCUCCUUCCGGUUCAUUCUCUUGGUACUUCUCGAGGUUCCAAUGCCGUACUAAAUUAGUAUUGGUUCCGGUGGCGCAGCGAUAUCCCACAGAUAUAACUGAGAGUGUAGUCCUGAAGUGGGAUAUGCCGGACUGUAGAUCGUGCGAGAAAACUGGCGGGAGGUGCGGGUUCAAGGGUUAUGCGAGCUUCGAUGUUGGUUGCUUCGGUAAACACGGGCUUUCAAAGCAUGCCAAGUUGGGCAUAAUCCUCGGCGUGCCCUCGCUUCUUUGCAUGUCUGGACUCGCGUUCUACCUAAGCUCACGCGCUCAACUCUCCGGGCAUCGUGAUCCUCGCGAUCAACCUCCUAAUGGCAGCAACGGCGAGAACAACGUUGCAAAUAUCACAUCUCCUUCAAGCCCCUCGAGAGAAACUCGACGCGCCUCUGAUGGCGUCACAGGCAUCGAUUUAGCCACGAUAGAAUCUUAUCCAACAAUUGAAGUAGAUGAUGAUGGACAGGUGCCUAGGCCGAACGACAAUAUUUGCGCGAUUUGCUUGUCGGAGUACCAGCCCAAGGAGAUGCUUCGGACCAUCCCCAAGUGUGGACACUACUUCCAUGCACAGUGCAUCGAUCAGUGGCUCGGGCGGAACGCUUCUUGCCCAUUGUGCCGAGAUAACAAGGGGUCCUCCGAUUCGAUGACAGCAAGCAGAUGAAAGUAAAUUACCAUGUAGAUUGUAGAGGAACAUGGUAAAACACAGCUCUUGGGCAGUUUCCUCUUUUGGAAGUUCAUCUCCUCACGCAGCGUAAGUAUAUAUGCAUUGAAAUUAAUGAUUGUACAUGUGUAUUGUCGUAACUGUGGGUAGACUUUGCGGUGGCACCUAAAGGACUGUGAUUCAACAAAUUCAAUUGAUUCAUAUUUAUCA